AUGUUUUCUUUUGUUGUAAAUAGGAAGAAUAACAUUUUCAUGGGCACAAUGACAAUCUUCCUUAUUGGUUUGAAUAUAUAUUUUGCCAUAAAUUUCGUAUCAGCAUAUCUCCCUCACACAUGGCCUGUUCAUCUUUGUCUGUCAGUGAUCUUCAUUUUUUACGUAUUGGGUCUUGGAUAUCUGAUUCUUUGUCUACUGGUUGUAUUGGGAGUGCGAAGGCUUGUCUUUCUACCAGUAAUAGGACCGUAUCUAGAAGAAAAGUUUGAAUGGCAAGAAUUUGAUAAACUUGUAGAAUCAAAGGAAACACUGCACGACUGGAAAUAAGGUUCAUCUAAAUUAUAGUACGAAAGAUCAGACUGCAGACUUAUAAAUUUGAAGUAAUCAUUUAAGAAAGCUUAGUUAAUCCAACCAAAGGUGACAAUUUAACAUAAAAAUCAUUAAAUGAGUUUUAAACAGCAACUGCUGAAUUGAGCAUUUAGGGAGAAAAACAAUCAUGCAAUUUCGUUUCAUUACAGCACAUAAAUAUAAAAUUUGGCUCGGUAUAAAAAUCAAGAAUCAUUUGUGUAGCGUAGUUUAAAUAACUUUUGAAUUAUAAAAAAAUAUUUUAUAUGUAUUUGAAUUAUUAAUUGAUUAUUAAUGGAUAAUGCUUAUAAUUUUUUUCAAAAUUAUUAAUCAAACAUUGGUGCAUGAAUUACAAAUAUACAUUAGUAACUAUAUUUAUAUAGUUAAAGGAUAUGGGGAAAAAAAUCAUCUGAGAAGUGUUGAUAAAUUUAUCAUUACAUUUUUGUUUGAAAUCAAGAACAGACCAAAUUUCUGCAUUUUUUGUACUUAAAAAACAUAAUAUAGCAAGACUAUUUUAAUUAUAUAAGGAUAAUAUUCAAGAAAGACAGUUUAAAAUUCAGGCUUAAUAAAUAAUCUAAAAAAUCAAAAAUGUCCUAUUGUAUUAAAAGAAACAUUAAAAGGAAACAAAUUAUUAAUAUUUAUCCUAACCUUGCGAAGUAAUUAAAAUCUGACAUAAUGUAAAUUUAAUAAAUAUCCUUAUAUUCUUUUUAAAAAAAAAGAUAACAAAAACCAUCUUAUUGUGUUAAGAGUAGAGUUGAAAAACAAGUAAUUAACCUUAAUCACAUUUUUAUUAAGUAAUUAAAUUAUGCGAUCAACAUUUUUUACAAUUCAACAUGAAGUGAAAGAAAUUCGUAUUGUAUAUAAUACAAAAACUAAAGAAGAAAAAUGGGAAUAAUUAUCCUACUGAGUUAGGAGAAAUAUCGAAAACGAGGUUCAACACUAUUUCAAAGUUCAAAAUUAUAAAAAAAAGGAAAAUUCAGGGUAAAAAUAUAUUAAAAAAUUCCUAUAUAAUGACUAACCUAAAAAAAUAGGACCAAAAUAUCAUUAACAAGCAUUCUACCAUGUUACAAACGACAGUAAAAUAAAAUAUAAAAAGUUGUUAAUCUAAAACACAUACGCAUAACUAUUCCAAUGAUUGUUUUCUAUGAUUUUUAAUUUAAAUAUGAAAUAAGUUGUAAAGCUAGAGCUAAUGAUGAGCAUCAAGCUAGUGUGUUAUUUUCAAAUACAAGGAUGUUAACAGUUUUUUUCUACAAUGACAAGAAUAUGUAAACGUGACAUACGUAAAAAGUGGUGAUAAAUUUUAAGAAAAAAACAUGCUUUAACAUAAUCACAAUUACCAAAAAUUAACGCCGAUUCAAUAAAUAAACAUUUAAAAAUUAACACUCCUGAAAUGACGUAGCAAAUCUAAAAUUAAAGAUAAAUAAGUAAAAUCUGUAGCAGUAGUACUAAUGCUAUGCUUUCCAGUACUGUAAAUGUUGAUAUUAAAAUGCAAUUUGAGAAUUUUCAAUAGUUCAAAUUGCAUAAUGAUUCUUGCCUUAAAUUUAAGGCUCAACUAACUAUGUUAAUGUUAUGUUAUUGUUAUAAAAUAAAUGUUUUGAAGACA